AGUCCAUGUAUCAAGUAUUUGGUCGUACAGACCUGGCAAAGACGUCACGGCUGCCUAGCACAUACGUAGUUAUAUAGUUUUCCGUCCAAAAGCGCGUAUCGAGAUUCUUUGCAAAACUCAGAGCAUACACGUCAAUCACCCACGAGACACGAACUUUGGAUCUAUUCUACUCUUCACUGGAGAAAGAAAAAAAAAAAGUUCGAAAAUAAAAAGAAGGAAAAUGGUCUCGGUCUUCUCUGCGCUGGGUGACUUCGUCAAGUCGAUCUACGAGCUUGUCGUGAGCAUGUUGCAGACCUUCUUUGGCCUCGUCGAGACCUUCGUCAGGCUGAUCGUCAACUUCUUCACAAGCGUGAUCCAACUGCUGGUAGACACCACGCGGGGCGUGUUAAGUGGCAUAUUCGAUAUCAUCGGGGGUCUAGGAAACUUUCUUCUUGCUAAUGCAGCAAUCAUCGGCCUUGCGGCGGUUGGAUUCUAUGGAUACUUGGUCUACCAACGACGCCAGGGACAAGCCGUGACGGUUCAGGGCAAGAGGCUCAAUUAGGUUUCUUUCAGUUUUCCUUUCUUGGGCUGAAAUGCAAAAUGAUGCAAUGACUGUACUAUAUAUGAUUGCGCAAUAGCUGAUAGGCGGAUCGCGAAACGAGGGAAUAUCUAAGCAACGAGAAUGAUACCUGUAUUUUCAUUACCAAGGCC